UGUCAAGAACUGCGGGGUAGCGCGGCGACGGAAGUUGAUGUUGCUCUGUGCGCUUGGUGAUGACGCAGGCGGUUAGGGAGUUCGCGCGUGUCAGCUAGAAAGAAAAGUUCUUUUCCGUGCUUCCUGCAGAGUCCGGAUAGAAACAAGGUGGACAGUUGUGUGCAGGUGGAAAUAAAAAGGCUGCCAGUCCUGUUCAAGUGCAACGGCGGGCCAGCCGGGCCCGGGACGGUAAGACGGCGGUUUCCGACUACGGUCCGGUCCGGAGCCAGAAACUGAAAGUCUAUUUGCAGGGAAGCAGCAGUAUGUCUUGCUCUCCUUCUUUUUUUCAUCUGAGUCCGAGUGGAGCCUCGAAGACAGAAGCGGCAGAUCAGAACCCCAUGUUACAAGGAAAUUGGUGCCCUGGAAUGUACCAUGACAUGUAGAUGUUCAAGCCAAUCUGGUCGUUCCAGCUCAGGAAAGUUGUGCUGAGAAACAUCACAAUGGCUCAUGGGCUGACAGAGGAAGACCUGGAUGCACAGUUUGAACAAUUCUUGAAAGAGUCUGUUUCAGAUGACUCCACAGAUUUGGGGCACGGUGAUAACCAGCAGCCGGUCUUCAGUAGUCGGGAAUCCAACCAGAACCUUAAUAUCUUGUGGGGGAAAGAUGACAAGAUCAGCAGUGGAACAACAGAACCGGCUCUGUUACCAGUUUCAAAUGUGACUGGUAUGGGCUUAGACACUAUGGAGGAAGAGGAGGAGAAAACCAAGUUCUUUGCACAACUUGAGGCAGGAGCUUCAUCAACUGUUGAUUAUUCCCAACUCAACAGACAGCUGGACUCUACCUUCAACACUUCUGGUGACCUCGGGAGAGCAGAACAAACAGCAGAGGAUCACGGUGUCACAGGUGUUGUCAGACCUUUUCAGGACUCCCUGCACCACAGUCAAUACUUAGAAGAUUGGAGUGAUAUGAAAGAACCACUGGAGGAGAAGCCCAGAGUCUCUCCAAUGCUUGCUAAAGGUCAGUUGUUUACACAGAGUGGUGAGUCAGACAUGGAGAGUCUGCAGGAGGCCUACAUACAGAUUAAUGCUCGUGAGAGUUUAGGAGAUCUUCCAGAAGAUAGUUGUGGGGAAGGAAAAGGACACACCAGCCAACUGACAUUUGAAGACAUGUCUACUGCAGAGGAGUUUAUGCAGCCGAUCCGACCCAGAAGCACUGGAGCUGUAGACUCUACCCUCCAACCUCUCAGUAAGCCAAAGCAGAAGCAGUCAGGAGAUCGUGGUGCUGCUGCAAGAGCAAUGGAUGUAUCAGGAAGUGCUCAGAUUCCACUUCCUCCCUCCAACUGUAACCUGGAAUCAAGUAUCAUUAAGGCCUCCCAAGACUCAUCUGGUGAUCAACACCCUUUGUCUUUGGAGCUAACACCACCUCUGACUUCAGUGAAAUCUGAGUUGGAUGCAAACUUGACCAAUGAGCUGAUGCCGUCUCUCCUCCAAAUGGACACCAGGAGCUGUCAGGAAAAGGCACAGGAAGAGGAUGAGGAUCUUUUUGAGGGGAAGGAGCUGAAGGCCCAGCUGACACUGCAAGAAAAGGAACUCCAGAUGAUGAAGAAAGAAGCUGAUGGGCUGACUUCACUCAGGGAAAGAAAUGUCUUCCUCCAGAGCAAGCUGCAAAGUCAGAGGAAGUGGAAAGAAGAAGCGGCACAUCCUCAAGAAAAGCCUCAACAUGUGAAAAAAGAAAUCAAAGAGCAAGAGAUGCUCAUCAAAGCAUUCCAGCAGGAAAAUGAGAAACUGUAUUUGCAACUGAAGGCUCUUCAAGCCAAGAGCAAAGCCAACGAAGAGGCAAUGUUUCAAGCAAACCAGAGGCUGCUGAAUGAGCUGGCAUUAACACGCAGGGACCAGCUAAGUAAAAGCUCUUGGCGUGUGGGAAGUGUGUUACCAGUGAACUGUUCUGGAGACUUGUUGGCCCAAAUCAGAGUACUUCAGAACAAUGAGUCCAAACUGUCGGAGGAGUUGCACUCCCUGAAGCAGGAAAAGAUAGCUCUAGAAGUCGACCUACAGCAGAUGAAGAAAGAGAGAGACUUGGCUAAAGCACAGGUUGUCUCCAACAAAGUCAAGCCUAACGAGGAGGAGGUAACCCAGAGGAAGAGGCUGCAGCCGUUUGCUGAAACAAAUGCUGGUAGACUGAAGGCCGCCUCAACAGAGAUACUCCAGCUCAAGGAACGGGUGAAGGAACUGGAGCAAACUCUGAGAGAUUGUGCUAGGAAGCCCACAUCCAGCCGGGUCAACGCCCUGCUGGAGCGACGGGUUCAGCGUUUGGAGGCGGAGCUAGAGAGUCAAAAUGAAGAAGCCAAACAAAGCCUGCAUGCUUUGCAACAACAGUUCCAUCUGAUUAAGGGUCGUCAUGAGCAGCAAAUCUCUGCGCUGGAGCAGCAGCUGGAACAGAAACAGCAAGUUAAACCGGAAGAUUCUGGAAUGGCAGACUGUCAGGCACUAGAAGAAAAGCUGAACCGUAUCAGACAGUAUCACCAGGAGAAAGAAAAAAGUCUCCUCCAGCAAGUCAAGACUUUGCAGCAGCAAUUAGAAACCAAGCCAGGUCCAGACCGACACCCACGUCACGCUGAGGCAGCAUAUGGACUCCGGAUUGAGAGACUGAACCAGGAGCUGGCCACCAAGACGAGAAGCAUUCAAGAACUAAACCGCACUGUGAAGAGAUUACAAAGAGAAAGGAGGAACAUGUCUGUGUCAGAACCCUGUAUUACAGGGACCAAACAGCAGUAUUGCUGCCACCGGACACAUCACUCUGCCCCGGCAGAGGACUGUUCUGCUGGAGUCACCACCUUCCUACCUGCUCAGUAUGAGAAGGCCUACCAGCCUGCUGUUUUUACAGGGAGUCACAUCUCUGAGGUGCUACAGGAGAACAAGGAUUUAAAGCAGUCCAUUGAGCUGCUCCGACUGCACAAUGAAGAGGAGAAGGCAGCUCUCAAAGCUGAUGCUUUUCAGGCUAAAGAGGAGUUGCUCAGGCUCGAAGAGCAGCUGACAUCCUUGAAGACAGAACAUCAUAGGGUGCUGGUCCAUAUGAGGACCACUGCCCUGGAGCACUCUUCUUCCAAAGUUACAGAACUGACCAACAGGCUGAGAACUCGGGAGACAGAUCUGAAACAUUUGCAAGAACAGCUGAAGGAACUUCAGAAGUCUAAAGAAGCACUGGCUGUUUCCAAAUCCAGAGAAGAUGUUCUACAGAUGCAGGUGGCCGGCUUGCUUCAGGAGUUGAAGAAAGCCAGAGAAGUACAGGGACCAGAGGCAAAACUACUGAGUAACUUGGAGAAGAAGAUUCUUCACAUAGAGCUCAGACAUGAGCUCAGAGAGAAGGAGCUGCAUCAGUUCACCAGGGGAGUGUGUCAAACAUCUGCUGAUCAGCACACAGAAGAAAAGCGCUGGAAAUAUCUUGUUUUAAACAAGAACAGAGAAAUGGAGACUUUUCGCCUUGAGCUGGACUCCAUUCUUGAUACCCUGAGAUGUCUUCAGAGGCAGAGAAUGCCUCCAACACCUUUAAGUGGAUCCAGCUCCUAAAGAUGGGGUGUCACAAUGUUGAAAAGCGGAUGAUGGUCUUCAAUCCAUGCAGGCUGGAACAUCAGUAAAAAUGUGGACAAAACCAAAAAUACACAGAUGCGUAUUUGUAUGCAUCUGCUAUCUUUAUGACUGCCUCAAAAUGAGCUUUGGGUUAGAAAGGCGUCCAUUGUAAAACUGAAGGACUGUGGUGUCUCUUGAAGGAAGCAAAUGAUGGAGGCCACAAUGUUUCUUUGUUGAAACAAAGCGUCUUCAGAAUGAAUCGUAUUCAUGCUGUUUGUGUCUCUAUACUUGAAACCACAUUAAGAAGAAAUGGGCUUUUUUGUUAAUGCCUUUUGUUAUUGGUAAGGCUAUAUACCAUUAUACAUCAUUAUAUGCAAUAACAACAAUACAACAUUCAGUUUUACAUUUAACAUUUCAACAACCCAUCUUUGUCUUGAAUACAGAGUUUCUCCUGUUAACUGUCAAUUAUAUAUACUGCUUACAAAAAUUAAAGGAACACUUUUUUAUUGGGCCUGUCAUGAAUUGAAUUAAACCUGUCUGAUAA